AUGGCGGACGCAGAGGCUGAGAGGAAGGCCAAGGCCGAGAGGGCCAAGAAGCUUGCAAGAGGCGGAGGUCUGGAGAGCUUGCUCCUGCAUGCAGGCGCGGCAGUGCGGAGAGGGAAGGGUGCGAGAGCCGACCCAGAUCACCUCACAUCAGCUACCAGUCGAUUCAUCGUAGCUAACGCCCAGCUCGCAGCGCGACGAAAACAGAAAGCCGCAGCGGCAGCGUCCACCCCCGACGAGUCUGUUGCCGACUCGCGAAGAACGAGCGUAGAUGCCACGCCUGCCGAGACACCUGCCGAGACGCCGACACCGCCUGCCGAGCCCGCCGAGUCAACGGAGCCCGAGCCAAUACCGCCCGUCGAAGUCAAGGAGGAAGUGAAAGCCGUCGUCUUCGAGAAUGGCGCGGGUAGUGCGGACACGGCGAAGUUGGAGAAGGAGCUGAAGGAGUUGAAGGAGCGGAUAUCGGCCCAGAACGCCGAGAUUGAGCGGCUCAAGAGUAGCGAGAGCGCUACCAAGGACGCGGUCAAGGAGGGUACGAGACUCGCCGAGGUCGAGAAACAGCUCAAGAGCGCCAAGGAGGCGGAGACGAGUCUGAAGAGCGAGCUCGAGAAGCUCAAGACUACCAAACUCGCUGCGCUCGAGAAGGACCUCGCCGCCGCGAAGAGCUCCGAGACGACUCUGAAGUCGGAGCUCGAGAAGCUCAAGACUGUAGGCUCCACUACGCAGGUGCCAUUGCUGACCCCAGGCCGCCUCCGACGCUGCCUCAAGCGAGAAGACGAAACUGACCGCCCUGGAAACCGAGCUCGCCGCGCACAAGGCGCGGGAAUCCGGCCUGCAAGACGAGAUAAAGGAACUCAAGGCUACGGGGAGAAGACGGCGAUCGAGCUCGGCAAGACGAAAGAUCUGCUCGAGGCUGCGCAAAAGUCGCAGAAGAGCCUGGAGGAGGAAGUCGCCAAGCUCAAGACGACGUCAGCCAAUGACGCGAGCAAGGCGGGCAAGCAGCUCGUCGCGAUCGAGAAGCAGCUCGAGGAGGCUAAGACUGCUGCUGCUACGAAGGAGGCGGAGCUCGAGAAGCUGAGGAGCGUGAGUUUGCAUAACUGUUGUCGAACUGACGCCCAGUCGAGUGCCGAGUCCACUUCCAAGGCAGAGAAGGAGCUCGCGGCUGCCAAGAAGGAGAUCGAGACGCUGAAGAGCAGCAGCAGCAAGGCGGAGAAGGACCUCGCCGCUGCCCGGAAGCAGCUUGAUGAGCUCAAGGCCGAGUCCUCCGCUGCGUCCAAGAAGUCCACGACCGAGCUUUCCGAGGCCAAGUCCGCUCUCGCCGCAGCGGAGAAGACGCAGGCAGACCUAAAGGCGCAGCUCGAGAAGGCUCAGGCCGCCUCGACGUCAGCGGAGAAGGAUGCCUCUGGUCGGCAGAAGGAGUUUGAAGACCUCAGCAAGGCCAAGACGGAGCUCGAGGCGGAGCUGAAGAGUGUCAAGGGCGAGGAGGCAAAGGCUCUCGCGACUGCCAAGACUCAGCUCGAGGCGCAGCUCAAGGACGCAAAGGUGGGUUAUCCGCGCGACUUCGCUAACCCCCAGGCUCAGGCUGAGAAGCUCGCUGCGCUCGAAAAGUCUAAAGCCGAGACGGAGAAGGCCAAGACUGAACUGGAGAAGACAAAGGCUGAGCUUGAGAAGCAGCUGAAGACCGCUACGGCUGGUAAGAUCUCUGGUCUCAACGAUGAGCUCAAGGUCGCCAAGGCCGAAGCCGCCAAAGUGUCCAGUCUCAACGACGAGCUCAAGGCUGCCAAGAACAAGGCUCUGGCCGAGAGCAAAACGGCGCUUGAAAAGCUCGAGGUCGAGCACAAGAACGCUCUCUCCGACCGGGACAGCGCGCGCGCCUCCGCCACCGAGCACGAGAAGAACCUGAAGGCUCUCCGGGAGAAGCUCGACUCUGCAUCGUCUGCAUCGUCCGACCAAGCGGCGCUCAUCGAGUCGCUGCGCAGUGAGGCGCAGGCCGCGACCGCCAAGACCAAGGAGCACGAGGCGGCGCUCAAGGGCCUGCGCGGAGAACUCGAUGCCGCGCGCGCUGCUACCAAAUCAGCGGCCUCUCAGGCCGAGAAGGAGGCCAAGGAGCACGAGCAGGCCCUUGCUGCCCUGCGUGAGGAGCGCGACAAGGCGAACGCAAAGGCGACCGAGCACAGCAAGCGCGCCGACGCCGCGGUCCUGUCGCACAAGGACGCGACCUCGAAGGCUGCAGAGGAGCACGAGGCCGCCCUCGCCGCCCUGCGGAAGGAGCAUGAGGCUGCGCUUGCGUUGCACAAGGGCGACCACGACAAAGCGAUUGCGGUGCUGAAGAAGGAGCUCGGCGACGCGGCGUCGACGACGCAGAAGAGCCACGAGGACGCCCUCACUGCGCUCCGCAAGGAUCGCGACGAGCGCCUGGCCAAGGCCGAGGAGAUGCACAAGGCCGCCCUUGCUGCGCUUGAGAAGAAGCAUGCAGACGCGAGCAAGGGCCACGAGGACGCCUCGGCUGCUCUGAAGAAGGGUCACGAGGACUCCCUCAGCAAGACAAAGGCGGAGCACGCCGCUGCUCUCAAGGCCCUUGAGGACCGCGCCGCCGCCGCAGAGAAAAAGCACGCCGACGUGUUCAAGCAGCACGAGGCCGUGACGAAACAGCACACCGAGGCGGAGAAGAAGGCGACCGAGCUCGAGGCAGCCCUCGCCAAGCUGAAGAAGGAAGGCGAGGAGCGCCUCUCGUCCAUGAGCAGCGAGCAGGCCGCUGCGCUCAAGACGGCCGAGGACAAGUUCCUGGCCCAGCAGAAGGAGCACGCCGGCGUCCUCAACAAGCUGAAGGAGGAGCACGCCAGUGUCCUCUCCAAGCUAAAGGAGGAGCAUGCCGCUGCUGUCCAGAAGUCUGCCGGCGAGACGGACGCGGCGAAGAAGGCGCACGACCAGGCCAAGGCGCAGCACGACGCGGCCGCCAAGCAGAUGGCGGACCAGAUCGCCGCGCUCAAGAAGGAGGCUGCGGCCGCCGACGCCGCGGCCGUCGAGGAGAAGAAGCGCACCGACAGCGCCCUCGCCGAGUCUGAGAAGAAACUGGCCGAACUCGAGAAGCAACUCGAGGAUGCCAAGUCCAGGGCGGCAGAGGAGAAGAAGGCGGCCGCCGCCGCCCUCGCCACGGCGAAGAAGGACGCCGAGGCUGCAGACACUGCAGCGGUGGAGGAGAAGAAGCGGACUGAUGCCGCCCUCGCCGCUGCCCAGAAGGAGUUUGACGAUCUGAAGUCCAAGGCCGCCGAGGAGAAGAAGGCCGCAGCUGCUGCUCUCGCCACGGCCAAGAAGGACGCCGAGGCUGCCGACACUGCCGCGGUUGAGGAGAAGAAGCGUGCCGAUGCGGCGCUUGGUGAAGCUCAGAAGGAGAUUGAGUCUGCAAAGGCGGCUGCGGCCGAGCAGAAGAAGCAGUCCGAGGCGACGCUCGCCGAGGUCCGCUCCAAGCUCGGCGCGACGCAGUCCCAACUCGAGCAGAACGCCAAGGACCACGAGGGCACGCUCUCCGCGCUAAAGAAGCAGGCCGCGGACACUGAGGCCGCUCUCCGCUCCCAGCUCUCCGAUGCGAAGGAGCAGGCCGCCGGCGCCGUCGCCUCGAUCGGUGAGCUCGAGAAGGAGCUCACCUCGGCCAAGAAGGAGAUUGGCGAGAUGCAAGUCGCGCGUGACUCCCUUGAGAGCAAGCUGUCCGCGCAGCUCGCUCAGGGCCAAAAGGCUCUUGACGCGGCCAAGAAGGCAACCGCCACCGCCGAGGAGAAGGGCAAGAAGCUCGACGCGCAGCUGCAGGAGACUAAGGCAAGUCUCGCCGCGGCCGAGAAGAAGGGCGCCGAGCAGGCCGAGGCGGGCAAGGCGCUCCAGGCGCAGCACGACGAGACCAAGUCUGCCCUCACGGCUUCGGAGAAGAAGGCGUCGCAGGCUGAGGAGUAUGGUAAGCACCUCUCCUCCAAGCUCGCGGAGACGGAGAGCAGCCUCGACGCGGCCAAGAAGAGCAUUACACAGCACGAGGAGAGCGGCAAGAAGCUCUCUGCCGAGCUGCAGGACAUCAAGACUGCGCUCACUGCCGCUCAGAAGAGUGGAUCUGAACACGAGCAGACGUCCAAGAAGCUCUCCGCCCAGCUCGAGGAGACCCAAACGCAGCUAGGUGAGACGCAGCGAUUGCUCUCCGAGGCCGAGAAGCGCGGAACGGAGCACGAGGAGGCGAUCAAGAACCUUCAGGCUCAGUACGAUUCCACCCAGCAAUCGCUGAAGGAGAGCCAAGGCAGGACCGCCGAGCUCGAGGAGGACCUGGCCGCUUCUAAGAAGCAGGCCGAGGAGCACACUGCGACUAUCGUCAAGCUCAACGGUGACCUCGACGCGAGGGCCAAGGCCAUUCAGGGUCACGAGAGCACCAUCGCCGGCCUGAAGAAGGACCUCGAGGCGUCCAGGGCUCAGACGGCCGAGCAGGUAGCUGCGGGCAAGAAGCUCAGCGGUGAGCUCGAUGUCGCCCGGGCCACGAUCACCGAGCGCGAGGGCACGAUCGCGGCGCGCGGAGAGGAUCUCGAGGCUGCCCGCGAGUCCAUCGCCGGCCACGAGGAGACCAUCAAGGCCCUCAACUCCGAUCUCGACGGGUCCCGGAGGACGGUCAAGGAGCGCGACGCCACGAUCGCCGCCACGGCCGCCGACCUCGCUAAGACCCACUCCGAGCUCGGCAACCGCACGAAGGAGCUCGAGGGCGAGCGCACCACCGUCGCUGAGAAGGAGAAGGCCAUCGCUGGUCUCCGCUCCGACCUUGAGAAGUCCCAGGGCACUAUCAAGGAGCGUGAGGCUACGAUUACCACCCACGUCAACGAUCUGAAGGCUGUCCGUGCCGAGCUCGAUGCGUCCAGGAAGGCGACUGCCGACACUGAGCAGAAGCUCGCCGCGACAACCAAGGAUCUCGAGACAUCUCGCGGCGAGUCCGCGUCCCUGCAGGAGGAGCUCCAGAGGGAGCGCACUGCUGCAAAGGAAGCGGCGGAUGCUGCUGCCGAAACCCAGGCGCAGCUGAAGAGCGAGCUCGAGGCUGCCGCCGCCCAGGCGACCGAGGACGAGGCGGCGCGUAAGAAGCUCAAGGCCGACCUCGACUCGGCGCGUAAGCGUGCUGCGCAGCACCAGGUCACGAACAAGUCGCUCGAGAAGAAGCUCGCUGGUUCUCAGGCGACAAUCGCUGAGCGCGACGAGAGCAUUACCACGCUCACUGGCGAGCGUGACUCUCUGAAGACUAAGGGAGAAGAGCAGACUGCUGAAAUUGCCUCGCUCCGCUCCACCAAGGCGGAGCAGGAGGGCAGCAUCGCGCACCUGCAGGCCGACCUUGCCAAGACGCAGAAAACUGCGUCCGAGCACGAAUCGGCUGCUAACAACCUCCGCGCCGAACUCGCCAAGGAGCGCGACACGCACACGGCCACCGCCAAGAAGCUCGGUGCCGACCUCACGGCCGCGAAGAAGGCGCACGAGGACGCUGUCGCCAAGCUCGAGGCGCAGAUGGACAACGAGCGCAAGCAGGCCGCCGACGCCAGCAGCAAACUGCUCGGGGAGCUGAAGGAGGCGAAGCGCGAGCGCGACGAGACCGUGGCUCAACUGAACGGCCAGCUCGACGAGACGCGCAAGGAGCGCGAGAGCAUCGUGACCAAGCUGAACGGCGAGCUCGAAGACGAAAAGCAGGCUCGCGCUGCGGACGUCGCCAAGCUGAACGCCGAUGUCGAUGCGGCCCACAAGCAGCGCGAGGAGGCUGUCGCCAAGCUCAAUGCCAAGCUCGCGCAGGCCAAGGAAGCUCACGAAGCCGCCGCCCAGACGGCCCGUGGCGAGCUGCACAAGGCCAAGACGGCGCACAGCAACGAGGUUGCGGCCAUGACGACGGCAGCGCAGAACGCGAAGGAGAAGCACGAUGCGGUCGUGCUGGCGCUGAACGGCGAGCUGAACGACGCACGCCAGACGCACGAGGCCGAGGUUUCCGCGCUCUCCGACACGCUCGAGAAGGUGCGCAAGGAGUAUGACACGGUGCGGUCCAAGCUGCAGAGCGAGAUCGAGUCGCUGCAGUCGCUGUCCGCGAAGCAGACCGAGGCCGUCGAGGCUCUCAAGAAGGACCUCGACUCGGCGCAGGCCGAGGCGGCGGAGCGCAAGGCCGCCGGCGAGCAACUUGCCGAGGAGUUGGAUGCCAGCCGCGCUGAGGCGGCCAGCCGGAGGGCCAACGAGGAGAAGCUCACUGCCGAGCUCGAGCAGACGCGCACUGAGCACACGUCGGCGAUGGAGGGCCUCCGGAGCGUGGCGGACCGACACGAGGAGACGUCCAAGAAUCUCCGCUCCGAGCUCGACCUCGCACACAGCAGCCACAAGGCGGCCGCUACCAAGCUGCAGAAACAGCUCGAGGCGACGCAGAACUCGUCAAACGAGCACGAAGCGAACGCCGCCAAGCUCGCGUCCGACCUCGAGGCGGCGAAGAAGGAGAGUGCUGAGCGGCACGAGCUCGGCGAGAAGCUGCGCUCCGAUCUCGAGGCGUCUCGCGCCGAGUCCAAGAAGCACGAGACCUCUGCCCUCAACCUCCGCGCCGAGCUCGAGUCGGCUCAGGCGACCAACGAGCAGCUCGAGGCCGACGCGGCGCAGCUCCAGUCCGACCUGGAGGCGGCGCAGAGCACGUCGAGCGGCCACAAGGCUGUCGUCGAUAAGCUGAAGGGCGACCUCGUCAAGCUCCGCCAGACUUAUGCGGAGCAAGAAGGCGCUCUCCGGCGCGAGCUCGAGGCGUGGCACGCGUCGAGCUCAGAGCAGGCCAUGGGCCAGGCAUCCCUCCAGACGGACCUCGACGCCGAGCGCGCCAUGACGGCGCAGCACGAGGCGACGAUCCGCUCCCUGCGCGGCGACCUCGAGCGCCUCCGCGCCUCCGCGCGACCAGCCAUGGCCGGGCGGCGCAUUUCCGCCGCAAAGCCGGAAACGCUCGAGGCGCUGGAAGCAGCGCACGCGCUCGAGGUGUCGGAACUGAACGCGAAGAUCCGGCAACUGCAGGAGGAAUCGCACGCCGCGACGACAAAGGCGCACGAGCUCUCCCGCCAACUCGCCGACGUGCGAUCGCCAGGCGAAGGGGGCUUGUUCUUCGCCUCCGCCCCUGGACCUUCCGAGACGGCGUCCACGCGGUCAUUCACGCCCACGUCUUCGCGCCCAAGCAGUCCCCUGCGCCGGCGACCGGUCGACGCCGACCUCCCCGCCAGCGUGCGGCAUAAGCGUGCCGUGAGCUUGAAUGCGCUCAAGGCGCGCAUGGGCGUGGACACGAGACGACGACACUCGGCGACCCUGAAAUCGUUACAGGAGGACGGAGACGGAGAUGUGCCCGAACGCAGCCAGACGCCCGGGGAGGAGGGACGGAGAGAGACGGCGAGGAGGAUGGAGCAGUUCGGGGACGAGAUUGUGUACUGCUGCUCGGCGUGUCAGGGCGAGCUGGUGGCACUGUAA